AAUCGCUGUGAAAGGAGGACAUGCGGAAUCGGCUCGCAGUGGGCAGACACAACCAGCGCCGGCUCCUGCACAUCUCGCGAGCAUGGAGACAAGCUGACCAUGUGAUCCAAAUUGACAAUGGAACCUUUUUCCGCGACUCCCCGUCUUCGGCCCAAGCAGCAUCGCAACGACCAUUGAUGACAGAUCUCUCUUUCACAUUGUCGACAGAUCGGGCAAAGACCCAAGAUCUGUGGGCGAUUCUUUCGCCAUCGUCUGUGGCUCGUACUGCUUUUCUCCAGAUACUUGCGGGACAACAUUUCUGUGACCCACCUUCUGCUCGACGAUAUCCAAGUCUGACAGAACGCGGAAUUCCCGCACACAAGGCCAUCAAGUAUGUCGGAUUCGACGCGGAUCGAGGGAGUAAUGUUGGAGGGAAUAAUGUCCGUGGAGCCUACUUGAGUGCACGAUACGAGACCAGGAAAGAGGAGACCGACUUUUCCGUAUUGGACUACCUCACCGGUCACACGGAACUCAAUGCACUGGAAGUCGAGCAGCCCGAUGGACAAGAACGGGAGCUUCAAAGGAUCGUCGAGCAAUUGAACCUCAAGGACCUUUUACACAUGCCUGUAUCCAAUCUAAGCAAUGGUCAGACACGGCGAGCACGCAUAGGAAAAGCUCUGAUGGCACGUCCUGAGGUCUUACUACUGGAUGGACCUUUCAUGGGCCUGGAUCCGAGAACGGCGGAGAAGAUGGCUACUGUUCUGUUCACGAUUGCGAAGACACGAAAGCCACAAUUGGUACUCAGUCUUCGGCCAGAGGACGAAGUGCCGAAAUGGAUCACCCGACUCGCUGCCACUGGCGAGGACCUCAACACCGUGUCGACGCAAGACCUGGCGCGAUCAAGAGGACGUAAAAGUGGCGCGACGCAGGAACAUUUGACAUUGAGCAAAGAUGGCCACCCGCAUGAUUCGCCUGCACUACCGCCCGGCGAAGUAGUAGUUGAGAUGCGAGGGGUCAAAGUCUCCUAUGGAGACAAGACAGUUCUGGGCGAUUGGAGUCAGGACGUCAACGGCGAGCAACGAGAAGGCCUAUAUUGGUCUCUACAUCGCGGCCAACGUUGCGGCAUCUUCGGAGCCAAUGGGAGCGGCAAGACGACAAUGCUUAGCCUUAUCACAUCCGACCACCCUCAGACCUACCGUCUUCCAAUCAAGCUCUUCGGCCGCUCACGCCUUCCCGAGGCAGGCGAGCCCGGGAUCAGUGUCUUCGAUUUGCAACGGCGAAUGGGCCACUCUAGUCCUGAAGUACAUGCAUUCUUCCCGAAACAACUCACCGUUCGCCGCGCUCUUGAAUCCGCCUGGGCCGAUGCACCGCUCUCAAAACCUAAAUUGAGCGCCGACGCCGACCGCUGCGUGAACGCCAUCCUCCGAUGCUUCUCGUCGCAGCGGCUGCUGCUAUUCCUGAAGGCUAUCGUUGCGAAGCCUGAUCUUGUCAUUCUCGAUGAGGCGUUGAGUGGUAUCGAUGAACGGGUAAGAGACAAGGCGUUACUGUUUCUCUCACACGGCGAGAGAGUGACUAAGGUGGAGAAUGGCCUUGCACAAUUGAGUGUGCUGGAGCAAUUGGGCAAGGUCUGUGUAGAGGGUUUGUCGCAGGAACAAGCGCUGUUGGUGAUCUCGCAUUCGAAGGAGGAUGUUCCUGGCUGUUUGCGGGAGUUUAUAUGUCUCCCUGAGCCUGGUCGAGGGACGUUGCCGACCGUUGGAGUUCUUCCUGGACCGCUGGAGUUGCAUCCGAGGGCUUGGAAGGAGCAGAUUUGGCGAUAG